AUGUCCGCGACCCGUAGCACUAGUAGUAGGCGGGGUUGGAAUCGUGGCUCCGUAUUAAAGCCCUACGUGCCGCCGCCUGGAACGCAUUCUCCGGUCCGCCUUCCACUCUCCGCCCUACCCGACGUCCUGCUCCUUGUCUCCUCCCUCCUCGCGAUGGUGAUUGCUGGCGAGUCGUGGCCAUUGCCAAAGCCCGCUGCCUCUGCGUCAAUGGCGAGCGGAAAGUCGCCGCCGGUGUCUGCCUCGGGGAGUGCUGCAAUGAAGCCGCCAGUCCCGCCUGCCCCGAAGCCAGCGCCCUCUAUCGCCGUUCUCUCUGCGAGUCCGACUCCGGACCUCGUGUCGGGUGAGGCGGCGCAGGCUGUUCCUGACCCUCCUGCACUCCCUGCUCCUGCUGUUGUUCCUCUUGCUCCCGUUCGCCCGGAGCCUGAGCAAGUGGCACCGGCUGUGGUUGUUGUGCCACCAGUUGCCCCUGUCAUUGCCGCCCCUGUGAUCGCCGCUGCCCCUGCUGCUCUUGGCGGCGACUUGGCGCUAGCGGCGGUGUCCGCCACCACUGGCGGCCCGGCCCCGGCGGUGGUGCCUGCCGAGGCUGUUCAGUCGCCGCCUGUUGCGCCUCCGUUGGUUCCGUCUGGGCAGCCGUGUCGUCCGCAGUCUCCCGAUCGCCGCCCAUCACGGCCCCAUUCGCCCUCCCCACGCGAUGAGCGGGAGUCCUCGCGACGUCGACAGGAGUCUCCUCAGCGCCGCUCAUCGGGCGGGAACUGGCACGCGCGACGGGGUGGGCGUGGGGGCUGGAGGGGAGGUUACGGUCGUGGGCGUGGCGGCGCGUUUGAUGGGCCGGUGAUGAUGGCGGACUUGCAGCGGGUUGUAACGGCUGCGAUGCGCGAGGAGAUGGCCCUGCAGGCAAACCAGCAGUUCCCUCGUGCAACUGCCGCUCCUCCUCCUGUUGUACCUCCUGUGACUGCACCAGCGGCAGUUGCUCCACUAUGUCCUGCUGCUCCCCCUGCUCCUUAUCCGUCCCUUCUGCCCUGUGACUCUGCUUCCCGUGCUGCUGGUGCACAGUCGUUCCAGACGUUUGCAGGUUCUUCCCGCGCGGCAGAGGUUCCGGAGGCGACCCUUGGGCAGCUAUGGCGCCUCUCUGAGGGUUUGCGGGUUGUUCAUCUAAUCCAGAUGUACGGUCAUGCGGGUCUCUCCCUUGGGAACACUCUGGUUGGCGGUUCCCGGGACGAGUGUCUUGAAGCCGCGGAUCGGCUCGCGGAGCUCCUGGCGCCCGUGUUGGCUGCGCCCGCGAGGGGAGGAGUUGCGGGCGUUGGGCAGCUGGGGACAGCUGUACGAGGCCUGCGGCGCUUUUUGCGCGCUGGGACUGCAGCCGAUGUGAUCGGCGCAAGCACGGCGGUGGUGCGGGAGCUCCACCGCUCUCUGACUGGGCUCCUUGCUGUUCUUGAUGCUGAUCAGUUCUAG